GCCAUGAGAUGAACCCAACGUGUAAGGAGAGAGUGAAAGAUUUGCGCUCUAAUAAUAUCCUCCACUGACAGAUUAGAGAUACAGAGACGCUGUGGGUUAAAUAAGAGGGCAUAUCUCUAUUCUGUUAUCAAUAAUCCGUUUGAGGACAACACGAUACAAACCCACAUUGUAAGUUGCCAAGAUGCCUGAACAAGGGCAAGAGAGGAAGUCCAAGAUCUCAGCCUCAAGAAAGCUUAUGCUAAAGAGUUUGAUGGUGGCCAAGGCCAAAGAGGAGCUGGAUCAGGAGAUGUUGGAUAAAGAGGAGGAGAAGCAGAGGUAUCUGCUGGAGAAAAUUCCUCCUCUGCAGACACAGGGCAUGUCAUUCGCUGAGCUUCAGGAACUCUGUCAAGAGCUUCAUGCUAUGGAUAAAGAGGAGGAGAAGCAGAGGUAUCUGCUGGAGAAAAUUCCUCCUCUGCAGACACAGGGCAUGUCAUUCGCUGAGCUUCAGGAACUCUGUCAAGAGCUUCAUGCUAAGAUUGAUGUGGUGGAUGAGGAGCGCUAUGAUAUUGAAGCCAAAGUCUUACUGAAUAAGCGUGAGGUCAAAGACCUGAACAUUAAAGUUCUGGACCUGAGGGGGAAGUUCAAGCGGCCCACCCUGAGGAGGGUGAGGGUUUCAGCAGACGCCAUCCUCCGAUCUCUCCUAGGCUCAAAGCACAAAGUCUCAAUGGACCUACGAGCCAACCUCAAAUCUGUAAAGAAAGAGGAUACUGAGAAGAAGAGGCCAGUUGAGGACAGUGACUGGAGGAAGAACGUGGAGGCCAUGUCUGGUAUGGAGGGAAGAAAGAAGAUGUUUGAUGCUGCAAAAGGCCCCGCCCAGUGAAACCUUGUCUAGUAAAGUUAACACACAAGAUUAUGCAACUUAUUGUUUGGCAACUAAAAAGGAUUAGGUUUAGAGCUACAUACUAACUAUACUAUUAAAUACCAGAUAUACUGUUAUUUCAGAUGUCGCUGAUAUUGUAAUUCAUUGCAACUGCUCAGCAUUGGUGCAAAUGGCCAAUAAGUAAAUAAUUACUAGCUUAGUUUAUCUUUUAUUAUGUCAAUAUUCAGUUAUUAGGAAGAGUCAAUGGAAGGUGUACCAGUGCAUUAUUAGGAUAAACAAUGAGAAAUAUUUGUUGAUGUACAAGGCUCAUUAUAUAUGUUUAAUCUUUCCAAAAGAUUCCCAUGCUCAGUUUGGCAUGUUUUUCUGAUAGUCUGGCUGCGAAUUAUUGUUUACGAAAGCUUAUAAUCCUGAUUUGCAGUGCUGAAAUUAAACACAUAAAAUAAAAAGCACAAAAAGCUAAUCCAAAUUGUAUGUAGGUAUGUAAUUG